ACCUGUUUAAAAGAAUAAACAGACAGAAACAAAGAAGCGUUGGCAGAAAAUCCUCACGGGGCUGAAACAGGCAGGGAAAAAUUAGAAAACCAGUCUUCCUACCUCACGUUGCUGCUCGAGGACAUGCAUUUCUCCUUCUGGACCUGUUUUUUCUUCCUCUCUUCGCUGGUGUCUCAUGCCCAAGGUCUUCAGUGCUACUCCUGUGAGGGGGAGAGUAACUGCCUAGAACCCCACGUCUGUCGAGAACAUCAGAAUCGAUGCCGCACUACUGUCAUGUCAACACUAACCCCACAAGGACUCUCUACAUACUACAACAAGGACUGCGACAUUAGCGGGAAGGCCAACAAUUCCAUUUCCUACCUCUCCAACAAUGAGGUUGUGUUUCUAGCCGAAGAGCACUGUGAGAGAGAACUCUGCAAUGAACAUGCACCAAACGUACUGGAUGUUCUCCUCGCCCGAGGCCGCCCGAAAAAACUCAUGCAUUGCUAUUCCUGUGGCUCAGCUGAUGGGUCCUGUUUCAAUUCCAGCCUGGCUCAGAUGCGCUGUUCUAGACCCGGAGAGCAGUGUGUGGACAUCACAUCUUUCUCAGAGCCAGAAGAGUUCUCCCAGGACGAACAGCAUAUCAAGGGUUGCGGGCAGCUAACCCACUGCCAGGAGCCCUUGGGUUUCCAUAAUGGGAACAGCUUUUACCUGAUCAAAUGCUGUGAUUCCAGCUUAUGCAACAAAGAGACACAAGACUAUAAGGCUUCCCCCCUGCCCCUGAAUGGGGUAAUGUGCUACAGCUGUGAGGGUAACUUUAGCCAAGGUUGUGCCCCUGAUGACAUCACCCAGACACGGUGCCGGGGACCCAUGAACCAGUGCUUAGAGGCCUCAGGAAUAGAUGGUGUCUCCGGCCAGAGUCUCGUCAUCAAGGGUUGUGCUUCCUCUUCCUGGUGUGACAGCCCAUACACGUCCAUCUAUAAGAACCUGGGGGGCCUUCACCUUCGCUGCUGUACCGAGGACCUCUGCAACAGCCAGAUCGUUGAUGGGACCACGCUGAAGCCCUCCCCCAGGAGUCAAGCCAGCUGCAACCCCACAGCCCAACCUGUCUUGCUUCUGGCAACACUGCUUCUCUGGGUGGCCUUUUGUCUCUGCUCAGAGAGCUCCUGACUUUCAGCGCCAACCAUCUGAACUCGAUCUGGGCCAAGAUUCAUCAAGGCACAUCUCUGAAAUCUCUCCCUCUCAAUUGUGCAGCUCAGCAGUGAAUAAGUAUGUGAAAUAGCCGUGGCCCCUGGGUCUCGGCUGAGUUCAGUUGCCAUAUCGGCAAGGAACGCUAGCCCAUGCUCUUAACCCCUGGGGGUUAAAGAGGCUGGCUUCUUCUCCAAGGCAGAAAGUAUAAGAUCCAAACAGAUAUGACUCCCAGAACCCAAACUGGCCGCUAACUCAAGUGGAGGGCGUAGAGACUAAAGGACAGAGAAGAACAGGACAUAGGAUUUCUGAGUUUUUUUCUCAGCUGUAGGAGAGUACAAGGAGAUGGGCAAACUAAGGCAAGAGUGUUGGACAUCAUGCCCUGACUAUCAAAAUCAGGACAUCCCAGCUUAUUAUUUAUUUUUAUUUAUCGAGGCUAAGGGCUCCCACCCACAAGGAUUUUUGCCUGCUUCUUUUUAUACCUUCCCCCUGAUAAAUCCCCUUGCAGGAGAUCAUUGAGAAGACAUGGAGAUCGUGUCGAAUCCUUUCCUCACCAGUGUCUGAGCCCCAAAGGUUGCCUUUCUGAAAUAUGUUAGCCUCCUGGGACUGACGUCUCCCUUUUAUUCCAUUAUUAAUUUAUAUAUAAGCAUUAUUUGUGUCAAUAAAGUAUUUUUAUAG